UGCGGUUCAAGCAGUUUGCAAAAGUCUGGCGAUCAGUAAACACAAGCAAGAAUGAAAUCCUCAAGUCUCUCAAUAGCCCUCGUGGCAUUCUUCCUCUGUGUAUGUAGGGGGACAUCAGAGAUCGAUUCAUCCCUGCAGCUUCAAGAGUCAUUUAAUAGUGCAGUGGAUCUGGUUUCAAGUGUUGAUAAACUAUUGGCUGACUUGGAGAGUCGUCGGGAGGAGCUUCAGAAGAUAAAAGAUAGUGUUGACACAGCCGAUGAUAAGUCCUACCCCACAUCCUGCCUUCAAAAAUAUAUAAACCACAAUACGACGCUUUUGGUGAAAGUCCCGGGACAUGCUCCGUUUCCAGUUCUCUGUGACUGCGAGCUGGUCGGUCUUGGCUGGACGGUGAUUCAGAGACGUCGGGAUGGAUUGGUCAGUUUCUACCGGGAUUGGAAUGAUUACAAGUCUGGAUUUGGAAGCCUGGGCGGGGACUUCUUUAUUGGCCUGGAGAAGCUUAACUGGCUAACAAAAUCGCAGCCGUUUGAGUUGUACAUUCAUAUGGAAAACUUCAAGGGUGAGAAGAAGUUUGCCAAAUACGACGAGUUCACGAUAGGCGAUGAGUCCGAAGACUUCGCCCUAAAGGUCCUGGGAAGUUACUCAGGCAACGCUGGCGACUCGCUGACCUACCACAAAGGAAAAAAGUUCUCAACUUUUGACCGCGACAAUGAUAACCAGAUUUAUCAGAAUUGUGCUCAAUACCACAUUGGCGCUUGGUGGUAUGAUGAUUGCUUAAACAGUAAUCUAAAUGGACAAUAUCUUGACUAUGCGAGUCCGAUAACCACUAUUCCAACAGACGAUACCCGGUACCUUAAAUGGAAUUCAUUCGAGAGGCAGCCCCUAAAAUUCGUUCAGAUGAUGAUUCGCCCCAAAUUCGGUUGCUUUUAAAUAUUUUUACUGAAUUCCGCUUUAUUAAUAUACUCUUUCUUUUAAUAAAAUCGGAUUUUAUAUCAUCUGUCAUUAGGAA